CAUGUGGUGCGGGUCCCGGGUGGUGGCGGGCGGCGACGAGGGCGGCGACAGCGACGAGGAUGGCUGGGACAUCGGCGUCGUGCGGCACGAGCCUCAGCAGCUGGAUCAAAUGUUGCAGGAGGACAAGAGUAAUGCAUUAAAGGCAGCUCUGUUUCGUCGUGAUGUGUCAUUAAUUGAAGAACUCUUAAACUCAGGUGUAAGCACAGAAUCCAACUUUCAGUUUGGAUGGACUCCCCUGAUGUGUGCUGCCAGUAUGGCUGAUUUUGCAGUAGUGCGUCUUCUUCUGGACAGAGGUGCUAAUGCCUGUUUUGAAAUAGAUAAGUACACUGUGCUGAUGGCAGCAUGUACUGCCCAUGCUUCAGAGGAGAACGUCUUGAAGACUGUAGAACUGCUUCUAUCAAGGAAUGCUGACCCUAACCUUACUUGCAGGAAACAAAUGACUCCACUGAUUUAUGCAGCUAGAAAAGGCUAUCCUCAGGUUGUUGCUCUUCUUGUUGCUCAUGGAUCACACAUAAAUGCCCAAGAUGAAAAUGGAUAUUCAGCAUUAAUAUGGGCAGCUCAGAAGGGACAUAAAAAUGUGGUUUUUAAGUUGCUUGAGCUUGGAGCUGACAAAAAUCUACAGACUAAGGAUAAGAAAACAGCAGCAGAGCUAGCAAAAAUCAAUAAAAAUUCAGAGAUUUAUAGUUUACUCUCUUUGGCUGUGAAUCACUUGGAAGGGAGAUACCAGGAAACAAUUAAGCAAGAGGCUAUCUGCACAUUUCUGACAGCUGUCCCUGACCACAGAGCUGGUUCCUAUUCAACUUUUAAUGACAUGGAAGUGUUUUUACAUGGUGUUGGUCUAGAACACGUAAUAGGAUUAUUGAAGGAAAGAAAUAAAACUUUAAAACAACUUCUGAUCAUGCAAAAAGAUGAGUUAAUACAGAUUGGUAUUACAAAUCCUGAAGAUCAACAGAAAGUCCUAGAUGCUGUUACCCAGCUGCAACUGCAAGAUACAAGAACUGAAGACCUCCCUGAAGUGAUUAAGCUGGAAUCAAGUGGAGAUGAAUUCCUUCAGUUUCUUCGGAAGUUGAAUAGUGAGUGUAGUAGGCUGAGCAUUCCUCUGCAGACCAUGAAUGAGCAUUUCCUCAAGAAUUCUCAGAAGAUGGUACUGCAGUGGGCACCGACUGAAAGUUUUAUUCAAGUCUGCGAAGAUUUGCUUAACAGUGUUGAAAGUCUACAAGUGGAAGUUACCAAACUGAAGGACCUGAUAGAGAAGCAUGAACAGAAGGAUGAUCCCAGCCAAGUGAAAUUUCCAGAUAAAGCACCUACCUUGAAAAAUAUAUUAGUAAAAAUGGGAGCUGUAACAUUGCUUGGAUUUGGUUUUUCCUUCUUUAUAGCUAAGUCAGUGAUAAAGAAAACCUGA